AUGAGCUCUUCAGGCUCGAAUCUUUCUACCAAAGGUGCGACUGUAGUCUUGGGCUCUCAAUGGGGUGAUGAAGGAAAAGGUAAAUUAGUUGAUGUGUUGGCACAAGAAGCUGAUAUUUGUGCACGUUGCGCUGGUGGAAACAAUGCCGGACAUACCAUUGUUGUGAAUGAUGUUAAAUACGAUUUCCACCUUAUUCCAUCAGUAGUCAUUCACGUUCCAUCAUUUUUUGAGGAAUUGGAAAAAUUAGAAGCAAAAGUUUUUGAUUUUCAUCAAAUUGUUGAUGGCUUAAAAGAAGUUGAAUUAGGCCGUGCAAGUAUUGGCACAACGAAGAAGGGUAUUGGUCCAGCAUAUUCAUCAAAAGCUUCGCGUUCUGGUCUACGAGUUCAUCAUUUGUCAAACAUUGAGGUUUUCGCAGAAAAUUUUCGUCAAUUAGUAACAAAUAGGAUAAAACGAUACGGAAAUUUUGAAUAUGAUGUUGAAGCAGAAAUUGAACGUUACAAGCACUUGGCUAUACGUAUUAAACCCUACGUUGUUGAUAGUGUGGUUUUCAUGCAUAAAUUUAUAAAUUUAAAUAAAAAGAUUCUUGUUGAAGGUGCCAAUGCAUUAAUGCUUGAUCUUGACUUUGGUACUUAUCCAUUUGUAACAAGUUCAAACACUACUGUUGGAGGAGUUAUUACCGGGUUAGGUAUUCCUCCCUCUAAAAUUGACAAAGUUAUAGGUGUAGUUAAAGCUUACACAACUAGAGUGGGUGCUGGUCCAUUCCCUACUGAACUUCGUGAUGUAAGAGAAUACUUACAAAAAUUUGGAUCUGAAAUUGGUACUACUACCAGACGAUUGCGUCGAUGUGGAUGGCUCGAUCUUGUAGUUCUAAAGUAUUCAACCAUGAUUAAUGGUUAUACAAGCUUGAAUCUUACUAAACUUGAUGUAUUAGACCAGCUUCCAGAAUUGAAGGUUGCCACAGCGUAUCUUUUAGAUGGAAAACCUUUGGAUAGUUUUCCAGCCGAUUUAGAUAUUCUUGGAAAAGUUACUGUGCAAUAUAAAACAUUACCGGGUUGGAAAAUCGAUAUUUCUAAAUGUCGCAGGCUUUCCGAUUUACCCGAAAACGCGCGAAAUUAUGUGAAAAUGGUUGAGGAUUAUUUAAAUGUUCCUAUUUUCGUCAAAGUAAAUGAAAGUUUAAUAUAG